AUGGAACGCUUCCCGGUGGGGAGCGAGGUGGAGCGAUUCGGGCAGAGGGAGGCAGUCGGGCUGUCUGGCCGGGGUUCCCAGCCCAUCAGCCAUCGGUCGCGUGGUUUGGUCAAACCAGUUCCCCUGUGGAGCCGGGAUGAGUCACUGCGGGCCCAUGUUUCCAGGUCUGUGUCUCCCACGACGACAUCUCAGAUACAAGCCAGGAAGAAGAGGAGAGGGAUCAUUGAGAAGCGGCGCCGGGACCGUAUCAACAGCAGCCUCUCGGAACUGCGGCGCUUGGUGCCCACCGCCUUCGAGAAGCAGGGGUCUUCCAAGCUGGAGAAGGCAGAAAUUCUCCAAAUGACAGUAGAUCACUUAAAAAUGCUUCACGCCACUGGAGGAACAGGCUUCUUAAACGCUCGAGCUCUGGCCGUGGAUUACAGGAGUAUCGGCUUCCGCGAAUGCCUCACUGAAGUUGUCAGGUACCUGGGCAUCCUCGAGGGCCAAAAUGCCGCUGACCCCAUCCGGCUGCGACUCCUUUCCCACCUGAAUAAUUAUGUGGCCGAAAUGGAGCCCUCACCUGUGGCCACGUCCCUCCUGCCCAUCCAGACGUGGCCGUGGUCCUUCCUCCACAGCGCUGCUGGCCCCGUGCAGAUCCCCAGGAGGGAGGCUGCUCCCGCUCCGGUUGUUUUGACUGCAUCUUCCCCCGCAGCGGCCGUGCCCAGGAUGCCGUCACCAGCAGGCGUAGUGAGAGAGGGUUCAUCUAAGAGCAGCCAAAUCGCCACAUUCCUCUUCUCACCAGCCUCUGCCGGCGUCCCUGUUCCACCAGUUUACACAGCACCUCCCGCCUUGGGCGCUGCCGUGCAAGGACCCGGGAUCAGGGUUGGGACAUCCAGGAUCUGCCGCUCCUGGGCAACGGAAAUCGGGGCUUUCUGA